AUGGCAUGCAGGACAACGGCACAUUCACCGCGUGAGUGCAGCUAUUGCAGGGGAUCGUUGCCUUGCCGGGCUGGCCCGGUCCCAGAACCGAAAGCCAAGGGACUCCGCAGUGCCAACAAUAGAAGCCUCCGCGAGUUCUGCUUGCGAACAAAUGGGCACCUUGUGUCAAAAGUUGAUGGUAGUUAUUAA